UGUAGAUAAUAAAUUUUGUUUUGUUUUGUUUAUAACAAUUAACAAUUAACAAACAGCCACAACAAUUUGAUCAUCAAGUACAAGGCAACGGCGUCUUUUUGAUUUACAUCCAUUCGUGUAUUAUCAUCUAGAUAAUUGUCAACUAUUGUAGACUUAAUAACCAAAAAUUUAUCAAUUAACCUUUGGUCUGAUCAACCAAAACUGUUAACUUAACCAUCAUCGAGAGCAUCACCAUUCACCAGGUUUUAAUAAUUUUGUUGAUUACUUUGUUAAAUCACAUUGAAUCAUGUCGAUACUUGGUGGACCUCAGGAUUCUGUUAAACUUAUAAUGUCAAAACAAGACUAUGUAAGUGGUAUGGAAACAUGUGAAUUCCAAUAUGACUGGACAAUUAAAAAUUUUGUCCAACUUUGGACUGUUGGUAAAAUCACAUCACCAAGUUUUUCCUCAAAGUACUCAAACUUUCAUGAUCAAUGGAUUGUAAAGCUGCAUCCAGAUUUUGACAAUUGGCAAGAUUCUAAGUACAUGUCAGUUGAUCUUCAACUUCAAACGUUAAAAAAUAUAUCUGAACUAUCAACACACUGCAGCAUAUCGAUUAAUAAAAGGAAUGAAUCAGAUCAUAAAUUCGUUUUUACGAAAUGUCCAGAAACAACUUCAUGGCCUAAUUAUAUUCAAACAUCUAACUUGUUAGAUUCGAGUUCUAGAUAUUUACAAAAUGAUGAACUUAAAAUUUGUAUAACAAUAUCAAUGUCAAAAAAAAAAAUAAAUAUUGAUGAUACAAAAAUUGCAUCAUCACGAUUAACAACGGACUUGAAAAAAAUUUUGUUAAAUGAACAAUUAAGUGAUGUUACGAUUAAAGUGGGUCAAAGAUCAUUUCGUGCAAUCAAAGGAAUUCUUGGAGCACGUAGUCCUGUUUUUGCUGCAAUGUUUAAUCAUGAAGAAUUCAAAGAAAAUGAAAAAAAUGAAGUUGUCAUUGAAGAUAUUGAAGAAAAUGUUUUUGAAGAAUUUUUACAUUAUAUUUAUACUGAUGAAUCACCAAAUGUUGAUAAAAUGCCAAUGGAACUACUUGUUGUUGCUGAAAAAUAUCAGAUGGAUUGUCUUAAAAAUAUUUGUGAAGAAGUAAUUUGUAAAACGAUAAAUGUUGAUAAUGCUGCAAGUAUGCUUGUUUGUUCUGAUAGAUAUCAACUUAAAAAAUUAAAAGAAAAAUGUUUAGAAUUUAUGAAAACAAAUUUACGAGCUGUGAUGUCAAAUGAAACAUUUCAAGUUUACAAAAAACAAUAUCCUGAAGUGUUUAUAUGCGUUCUUGAUUUGUUUAUGCCAUAAAAUAAAGUAAAGGAUAUUCAUUGUUUUUUGCUUUAAAAAAAAAAAAAAAAAACAGUCAUAUUUUAUAUAAAAUCACUUUGUGUCUGGUACAUCAAGGUGCUUAUGUAAUUUAAUUCAUAUAGUUUAAAUUUUUAUAAUAAUAAAAUAUCAUUAAUUUGUUUAAAUAAUAAAAAUUUGUGUUCU